CGGUUACGCUGGAUUGCAAAAUGCUCCCAAUCGCCAGUGCAGCACAAAUCAUAUUGCAAUUGGUAAAACCGGUAUCGCGGCACAGCGCGCGCACUGAUGUUUUCUCUCCGACGGAGGCCGUUUCCCAAUGGCAAAGACGCAUACGAGUACAGUAUACAAAGUGUGUAACGUAAGGUUUAAAGUGCUAACCAACAGUCACAUGAAAUUGCCUUCCGCACAUUGCGCAUAUAUCUGUGUUGAUGCUUGUGGAUAUAUGUUUUUCAAAUAAACUCCUCCUUAGCCCCGCACUUCGCAGACUGGUUUUCACCGCAACCACAUACAUCAGUGUUUUCCUACAGUAGUUUCGCUCUUUUUCCUUAACAUUGCAUCCAGAUCCUAAUGUCUGCCGCGGAUCAAAGCCGCAGCUUCCACCGCGAUAUAUAGCCGUUGUAUAAUCCGGUAUUUUUAUUGCCAGCCGAGCCUUUAACAGCGUUCCAGUUUAGCUAACAUUUCACAGCAUUGAAGCGGAUUCUUUAAACGACCGCCAGAGUGAGCCGUAUUACUGCUCUAUAGAGGAAAGUUAUAAAAUUAUCCCGACACCGAAGCCAGCUAUCCAACUGGAACGGGACAUAAUCGGUACUGCGAAAAACGGUUCCCUCCUCUGUUUUAUGGCUAUGUUCCACGCAUAACAAAUGCCUGUGGCAAUUCACACACGUGUGUUACCGUCGUCGUGAUUUGUACUGCGUGUAGUGAGGUAAAUCAUCAACAGUGCAGUAUCGCGGAAUUUAAAUUACCGCAUUUGUGUCCAUGAACAAACCGGUAUUACCACGUUUAUCGAAAAGGAUAACCAUCUGGCAUCUGCGGAUAUUCUUAUCAUAGAUUUUAUCGGUCAACCCGCCAUUUGCCACUUUCGGCAUACAUGCUGGAAACGGGAUGCUUACUUCUUCUCUGACUAUGCCGCAUCCAAAGUAGCAUCGCUGCUUUCCAAUGUUUUUUUCUAAUCAUAAGAAAUAAAGCAUAUGAUUUUGAUAAACUGGUGAUUUAAGUGCGAUUUUAUCGUUUUGGAGUUGCUGUUGUAUAAGCGCUGACUGCUUGGAAGCCGACAUGAACGACGGGCGGCAUUUUUCCAGUCAAGGACAGACGUACAAGAUAGUUGUCGUCGGAAGCGGAGGAGUCGGAAAGAGCGCUCUCACAAUCCAGUUUAUUCAGAGCUACUUUGUGGAUUCGUAUGAUCCUACGAUAGAGGACUUUUAUUCCAAACAAUGUGUGAUUGACGACGUUGUGGCAAAGCUGGAAGUACUGGACACUGCCGGUCAGGAAGAAUUUUCCGCUAUGCGGGAGCAGUAUAUGCGAGGUGGCGAAGGAUUUCUGCUUGUGUUCUCCGUAACAGAUCGCACAAGUUUCGAUGAGAUAUACAGAUUUCACAAGCAGAUUCUACGGGCCAAAGAUCGAGAUGAGUUUCCCAUGUUGUUAGUGGGCAACAAAGCCGAUCUGGAGCAUCAAAGAGUUGUCAGUUCGGAGGAGGCUGCCGAUGUGGCGCGUCAGCUCAGAGUUCCUUACGUUGAAUGCAGUGCAAAAUUAAAAAUCAAUGUCGAUAAGGCUUUCCACGAUUUAGUCCGGCUUAUAAGGAAAUUUCAACUAGCGGAGCGGCCAGCGUUACAAAGCGAGAAACCGCACAAGAAGAAAAAAGGAUGUUGUGUAUUAUAAAUUUUCUACUGGUUGAUGCGCCAAACCCGGAGAAGGAAAAUUUAAAAUAAUUUUUUGUUUGCGGAAAAAAAAUUAUGACCUAAAAGCUCCGAUCCGCUCAUUUCUGGUCGGCUCACUUCAUUUUUGAUGAUAUUACCCCGAUUGCCAAAAGUUACCAUCGCAAAGUUUUACAUUUGUAUUGUAAAGCUUCAGCUCUGUACGUACAGCUUUGCAGAUGUACUUUAUUUUCCGAUUUUUGUACUAGCCAUACAUAUUAAUUUUGGCUUUCGAUUUUCAAGAAAUUUGGUAUGGUAUUGUGGAAUCGUGCGUAGUGAGUACAGCAGUAGUAUUUGUGGCAACUGCCAAAAAUUAUGGUUUAGUGAGAAAGAAAUAAAUAAAUUUCGU